GUUGUUAUUAUGGCCUAGGCGACAGGAGAAGCGCCAACUGGAAAUUUCGAAAUAAAACUGUAUCGUUUUGUUUGUCUACAAAAUUUUAUAUUGUACAUGUUUGUUUGUUAACUUGACAUGUUGAGACCGUCAUAAAACCAAACAUAAAGCUGCGUAGAUACACUUGGAAAAAGCCAAGGUGUAUAAGAGAUGGCACCAUUAGACUGGAAUGUAAUUCUCAGCAUUGAAAGCAGUUCUCUUCAAAAUGAUGAGGAUGCAGCAGAAAAGAUGUUUGAUAUACUUGCUCAGGCUGAAGUUCAAGAAGAAAAUCAAGAAGCAUCAAGCCCCCAAAACAUGGUUCAACUUUUUAGAGUCACACAGGCAGUGAUGAUGGUAAAGAAUGUUCAAUAUGAGACAGCUUUAGAUGAACUGGAACAAGCAAUGAAAGGAGGUGGGACAAAAGAAAGCGAUUUGAUGGCGGAGGUAGAGGCUUUGCAAAAAGAGUUGGCACAUUACCAGAAAUAUAGCAAUGCUGGGGACAAGUAUUUGAAAUCCGAAAUGGCACAGCUUGAGGAGAGAAACAAGCUAUACGAAAAGGAACUUGAAGAGCUGGAGAGAAAACUAGUGAAAGAGCAGCAACAGAGAGACAAGUUGUCAAAGCAGUGCGAAGACCUCGAUUUGAAAAACACGGAGUUGAAAAGAGAGGGAGAUAGACUAAGAAACCAUAUCAAAGACUACCAAAGGCAGCUUGAGUCACAAAGAGAAAGCCAAAUCCUUCGUCGAGGUGAAGAUAUGACAGUGAAAGAUCAGAUAUCGAAGAAAAACAAAGAGAUUUCGGGUUUUAUUGAUGAAAUCAGGGAGCUGCAGGAUGAGAAUGAUCGGCUGCAAAGAGACGUGACUCUUGCUCAGAAGGAGCUUAAAGAUGCAACAGCGGCAAUGAAUGAGAUGGCAGAUGAUUAUGCUAAGCUAAAGAGCGUCUUAGAGGACACGGAUUCCCUUCUUGAGAACAUGCGACAGGAACGAGAUCUGUUGAGAUCACAGGUGCAAGAUCUGAAUGAGCAACGUCAUUUGAAGACAGACGCAGACGAUGAAAUGAUGGUGGCUUUCAGCAAGAAAGUAGAUGAAUGGAAGAUGGCUGUUUCUUACAAAGAUGAGGAAAUUGUUCAGUUGCAUGAACGCAUUGCCGAAUUGCAGAAACAGCUGCAAGCUGCCAGAAUGGAUACUGACAAAAAUGCCAUGGCAGAAUUAAUCUUGAGUAAUCAAGAAAAAGAUGAAAAAAUCAAUGAACUCAAGAAGAGUUUAGAAGUGGCUUCCAAAGACAUGCAGUCAAUAACAGAGAGAAUUGAAGAAACAAAGCAGAAGGCUAAAGACGGUGGUGCUUCCAUGCAUCAGCAAAUGAAAAUAGAGUCACUGAACCAGACGCUGCAUAAAGAACAAAUCUCAACCAUGAAAGAAAGGGAGCAGGCUAUGAAGCUUGAGAGGGACAUCGCAGAAAAAGACAAGGAUAUUAGCGAGUUGCGAGCAAGGAUGAUGCAGUACGAGAUGGGCCAAUUUGGUUUGCCAGAAGCUGUGCAAGAAAUUAAGGAAUUUAGAACAAAGAUAAAAAUUCGAGACAAAAAUAUCGAAGACUUGACGCAGAGCCUCAAUCAUGUUCAAAUGGAACUUGAUGACUGCAUGUUAGAAAAUGAGGAGCUUAGAGAGCGUUUGGGACUGGACCCAAAAGAGCAACUAGAUGCUGAUUCAAUACGCAAGAAAAAGCAAGUUAAGGAGGAGCAGGCACUGGCCCUUAACAGAGUCCUUGCGAAGGAGGUGGAGAGAUUGGAAGAAGAGAGGCAACAUUUAAAGAAAAUGCUUAGAAAACAAGCAAUGCACAGAGGAGAGAGGGCAGUUGAGCUUGGCCUUACAACUGAAGAUCUUGUCACUGUGGAGGAUUUGGUCUCGCAAGAAGAACCUGUUAUCAAACCAAUCAGCGUGAAAGAGGUGCACGCAGAUGCCACUCAGUCGUUUGCAUACCAUAAAGGUAGAGAGAUGUUAAAUCCUGAAGAAAAGUCCAAGCUUGAAAAGAGUAAAGAAAAAAUGAAAUCAAAUGUGACAAAAUUGGAGAAUGAAAAUAAGGAGUUAAAAGAUGAAAACAAGCAACUUGAAGUUGGUCUUAGAGAAAUACUGGCUCUUGUGAAAGAUAACCGAUUCAAAGAAGAUCAGAAUGGGCCGCUUGACUUGCGAAUUCCAGCGCUGGAGAAAUUAAUCGCGAUGAUUGAGUCCAGAAAUGCAGUUGGACAGUAUGAUACAAACUUGAAGCUGAAGGCUGAGAUUGAUCAGCUGAAUGGCAGAAAUGAAGAACUGAGGUUGGAAUUGAGAAACUCCAGGAAUGAAGUUAACGGACUGACUACAGAGAUUGAGCGAAAAGAUCAAAAGAUGCUGGAAGCGGAAAAAGAAGUGGAGCUUUUGAAAGAAGCCGGCCAAGGGAUCAUCAAACUCAGUCCAUUUCAACUGCCACAAGGGAUGAAUCCAUCAUCAAUCGACAUCAUUGCUAGCCUCAACGAAUUUCUCAUUCAAAUUCUUCAGGAGCUUUCCAACAAAGAAGAAGAGUUCAAAACCAUGGAAGAAAGUUUACAGUCGUACAAGAGGAAGUUCUCUGUUACUAUGCACCAGCAGAGUAUACUCUAUUCCCAAUAUUUGGAAGAGAAAGAACAAAGAGAGGUCGAGCUUCAAAAAUUUCGAGAAGAGAACAAUAGUUUGAGCUUAGUCAGAGAUCAAGACCAGAUUCGUAUACAAGAAUAUGAACGUUUGUUGGAAACACUUAGUCGUGACCCUGACAGGCAAAAAUCUCGUUUAUCUGAGUAUGCUAGAAAAAUAACAUUGCUACGGGUAAACGAGAAGUCCCUUUCGAGAAGGUAUACAAUUCUUAAGGAGUCAGAGGAACACGUUCGAAAGGAAUGCAGCAAGUUGAGGAAUGAUAUCACGUCGGUGGAGAAUGCUGUAGUCGAGAGAAUUGGCUAUCUUACACGAUAUAAGGAAAUGGCAUCUUACAGAAUAGCAGCCCUUCAAAAAGCGUUGGAUGAAAGUGUGCCUGAACUUGAGCUGCAGCUUGCCAACAAAAAAUAUAACGAGCUAACCGCUAAAUAUAGAGACCUUCUUCAAAAAGAGAACAUUCUGAUCUCAAGAUCAACAGCUGUUGAAAACCUUGAGUACGAAAAAAAGUUUCUUGAAGAAGCUCAAGCGACCCUAAGGAAACAAUUACACGUUGAGAAGGAAAGAAGUUAUGUGCUUGAGCAAUCAAUGAAUGAUUUAUUGAAAAAAGUUGGAGAUACGACAGGGAAGAGCAAUAUCAGGCAGGAUGAGAUAACCUCGAUUGCAAGGCAGUUGGCAACCCUGGAGAUGAAGGAACUAAAUGAGAGACAGAGAGCGGAGCAUGCCGUAAGGAGGAGGGAACAAUUGCAAUCAACAGUAGCUGAGUUGGAGAAUAGAAUUGAGGAACUGGAGCAAAAGUUUGCUGAGCUCACGAAAAUAAAUUUGGACUCACAAAGAGUCGAACGGGAGUUGCGUGAAGAACUUAUCAACGCGGUUCCAGCUGAAAUUAAUCGAGCUGACAAAAAACGCAUCGGAGAACUAGAAGAAUCGGCAGCCAAGUUAAGGCUGGAAAUGUCACGAUUAAAAGAAGUUGCUGAAAUUGCAAACGAUCAAGCCGAGACAGUGACCUCCAGGCAGCAGGCACAGGAGAAAGAGCUAACGUCACUGAGAAACCAGCUUCUUGAUAUUCAGAUGGAAGGGGACGAGAAGACUAUCAUAGCAAAACUGCACCAGCACAUUGUCGCACAGCAAAUAAGCGAAGCGACUGCUGUCCGGAAGCUUGAAGUAACAAAUGCAAAGGUAAAGAGACUAGAGGUUGCCAUACUGCGAAUUGAGCAGCAGUUGGAUGAGAAGGACCAGAUCUUAUACAGAACUCGGAUGGAGGCGAGAGCCAAGGCGAGGUUCUUGCAAAAGACAGUGCAGGAUCUGCGAAGACAAUUUAGUGGCGCUCUGCCUCUAAUUAAGCAAGAAAAAUUUGCACAAACUUUGAGGAUGUUGCAGGACAGCAAGGCAGACCAAGAUGUCCAGCUGAAUUUAUUGAGAACCAAAAGCCAAGAGGCCGAGGGCAGAAGUUCCGAAUUAGAGUUGAAGCUCGUCAGCCUGCAAGAUUUAAUCGUCACGUUAAAGGAUGGAAAGGGUGCUGAAAAGGUUGCGGAAUGGCACAACAGAAUGGCUGAAAUACGUCUCCAAGAUAUGAAAUUAAGAAGACAGCUGGAAAAAAACGAACAGAGGAUCAAAUACUUGGAAGAUCAAAACAAGCGACUAGAAGAAUCAAUUUCUCUUCUUGAAGAUGAGAAUUUCAAGCAAUCUAAAGAAUACGAGGAUCGCCAGUUAGUCUGGGAGCAAUAUGAAGUUGAACUGGAAAGAAAGAUAGCAAGACUGGAGAAAAAUCAAGACGAAUUGUUUGAAACGGCACAAAAGUUUGAAGAGGCCACAGGUUCCUAUGUUGAUCCCACUCUGCCAAUUGCAAAUCAGUUGGAAAUGGCGAUAGUGAAGCUCAAAGAGCACAUCAAAACAGUUGUUAUCACAAGAGCAGAGGCGAAAAGGUUAAAAGCGAACAUGCAAGAAUGGGAACAAAAGUUGCAAGAUGCCGAGAAGAAAAUUGUCAGAAAAGAUCAGCUGAUUAACGAGCUCCGCUUGCGAAUUCCAAUAUCCGAGAGAGGUAUUCUUCCACAAGAGGUUGGGACUGUUUCUAGUGAAAAGUCCCACGAGGAGCAGCAUGCCCAGAAUGCUUUGCAAGUGGCGCAGUCAACAGUCGACAGUCUCAAGAUAAUGAUUAAAAAGAAGGAAGAAACGAUUUCCAAGUAUCAGGAAAUGCUGAAGUCUCUUAGAGAAGACAUGAAGGCACAAGAAGAGUCACAUAAACAUGAGAUGAAAGUCAUUCAGGAUAGACUGCACUUAGAAAUAGAAGAGAAAGUGAAGAAGUUGAAGAAAAUGCAUUUGGAGUACAUAAACGCCCCGCAGCCACCAACGCCAUCAGAAAGACAGCUGAAUAGGCUUGCCGAAUUGGAAGAAAUGGUUGCAGAGCAAGACAACAAAUUAGCUGUUGCAAAGGAACAGGUGAAGAAAGGAAAAGAUGAUAUUGAGCGACUGAAGGAGAAGUCAGAUGUUGAGCUUAGAAUGCAAAAGAAGAAGAUAAAAAUGAAAGAAGAAGAACACAAGGCGGAAAUAGAGAAACUGAACAAGGAUAUUGAAUUAGAGCAAAACAGAGUCGCGGAGCUUAGCAAGGAGAUCGAGAUUCUGAAUGAUGAUCUCCAUGCUGCGAAAGAGGCUAAUGAAAGAGCACCAACAAAGACCAUGAAAGCUUUGGUUGAAAGACUUAGGAAUCAAUUAGCCUUGAAGGAGAAACAGCAAAAGGCGUUGAGUCAAGCAUUGUUACAGUUGAGAAGAGACAUGGUUAAUCAAGCUGAAGAAAACGUCCAGACUCAUGCAAGAAAAGCAGAAGAUGAGCUGAAUGUGCAGAAAAUCGUCGAUAAGCAAACAUCUUCAUUAGAGUCAAAAAUAGAAGAGCUGCAAGCAAGGCAAGAAAAAUUGAAGACAGAACUGAAAGCUAAACGUGAAUCUGAAAAUGCGAUGAAAACAGAGCUGGAUCAACUGAAAAGGGAUAAUGGAAGAAAGGAGGCCAGUGUAAAGAAACUUGCGUUGGAACUCAAAGAACGUGAAGAGUUGGAAGAUCAAGUGUCAAGUCUUAAGGCAGAGAUUAGAUCGCUUGAAAAAUAUAAAGUGGAGGCGGAGAAGUUGAGAAAGCGAAUUCAGGUGUUGGAAGAGGAGCAGCAGCUUGAGGUGCAACAAGCUGAUAACGCGCAGACUGGCGCUGAGUUGGAUUAUUUCCCCGAGAAAGAGAAUGAGACUGCAAAGGACGAGCCGGGGAAAGAACAAAAGUCCCGAGAAGAAGUCAUUAGGUGGGAGGAAAAUAAGAAGUGGCAGAAGCGAAUGGAGUCUUUGAAAAGCAAAUUAAAAGAAAAAACGGAGGAACUUGAAAAAGCUGAGAAGAAUAUUCAAAUGAUGAAAGAUAUCAUUUCAAGAAAUGACAAGGAGAAGGCCUCUUUGCAAGCCAAAAUUAAAAGCUCUUCUCGAUCAGCUGAAGACGUGCAAUUUUCAGCCACUGGCACAAGCAAAGAAGAAGUAGUACAGAGGUUAAAAGGAAGAAUAUUCCAGCUGGAAGAGGAGAACAACGAUUUGCAAAGGCGACUUGCUUUGGAUAGGGACAACGAGUUACAUGAAUUGCGAAUUCGAAAUAGUCAAUUAGUGGAAAACGUGAGGGCGUUGGAGAUCGAGCUGACCGACAAGCAGGCGGGAGAUGAUCCUGAUCAGUAUGAUUGGUCUUUGGCCCGAGAACAGAAUCUCCAAAAGGAAAUUUUAAGCGUGCGAAAGGAAAACAUGGAACUGAAAUUUGAAAACGACCGUGCCCGAACAAACAUUCCUCGUCUAAAGGCCAGAGUAAAGGAUUUAGAGGAAUACUGUGAAAUUCUGAAAUCAGAACUAGAAACUGUGAAGAAAAGAGAAAAAGAAAGAAGGGGAGCGAUGGGCACAGGGAUGGGAGGCCAGUCAGUUGAAGACAUGGAGAGAGUAAUCGCCGCUAUGAGGAGGGUCAUAGAAAGACUGCAGGGUGAAAAUGAUAGCUUGAAGAAACUGAAGUCGAAGGCGCCACCGCAUUCUGAUGUUGCAAGGGAAAAUCGACAACUUAAACAAGAGAUUCAAAAACUCAGAUCCAAAGACGGGGGCUCGUUAUCAGCCCGUGGUGCAGCGGCAACCAAACUUGUUCAGGAGAACGAAAAAGUUCGUCGAGACCUCAAGAAGUGCAAUGAAGAAAUUGAAAAGCUGCGAAACAGCAAUUCAAGCCUUGCAAUUGAAAAGGAAAAGUUGUCAAAGGAUCUCGAAAAGGUCACACAGCGGCUAGUAGCUGCGGAGGCGCGUGCACCAAAAUUGGAAGAAGCAGACAGUGCGCAAUGGACAGCAGCAGUGAUGACAAAAAUGAGCGAAGAGAGGGUCGGGAAAAUUGAGGCGGAACUCGAGAAGAAGAAUAAGCUCUUGGAUGAUUUGAAGAACCAUUUGCGAUCUGCAGCUGAAAGGGAAGCCGAGCUACUGCGAAAAGAAGAUGAAUACAAAGAAAAAAUUUCGCUGCUAGAGCGAUUUCCUGCAGACAUCAAAGCUGACAGUGAUGUAGUUCAGCAUUUACAAAAAGCAAGGCUGCGCAUACAGACUUUAGAGGCCGAGAAAAAUGAACUCCUAGACGAUGUGUCCAGAAUGAGAGAACUUACGAGUGAUGGAACGCAGCCACUCAAAAUGGAUGAAGAUGAAAUACUGAACAAGCUGAAAAAGUAUGAUCGUUUGUUGGCAAUAGAAGUUGAAUUAAGGACUCAGCUGAGAGUGGCUAUUGUCGAGAAUGAAGGCCUUGUUGCAGAAAAUGUGAAGCUAAAACGUGAGUUAGAAGCUUUUGAUCCGGCGUUCUUCGAGGAGAUAGAAGACUUGAAAUACAAUUACAAGAAAUCUGUGGAGAGAAAUGUACUAUAUGAAAGACAACUGAAACAACUGUCGCGCCAGUUCGGCGUGGAUGUAAAUAUUCCUGACAAUGAUGACUACUAAGAACGUGUUAGAAUGUUAUUAUGGUUGUAUAUUUAUUGUUUAUCAUAUUUAUUAAAUAUCAGGAUUUUGUA